CCCUGCACUUCCCCUCGUGACUGCGAUAAACAUUACACCGAGGCCGUUAAUGUUUAAUGAGGUUUGUCUUCCAAUUAACGUGCUUUCCUGCGGAUGCUCACUUCCAGUGCGAGACGCCCGCUAGAUGAAAAGGCAGACACCAUGGGUGACGAGCAAGCGCCCGAGCAGGAGCUGGACAGGUUCAGCUACGAUUAUGAGACCAUCCGCAACGGGGGGCUGAUCUUCGCCGUGGUGGCUUUUGUCGUGGGACUCCUCAUCAUCCUCAGCCAGCGGUUCCACUGCGGAGGGAAGAAGAAGAGGAGACAAGGAAAUGAGGAAGACAUGUAGCUGCAGUUUCAGAGCUGCCGUGCCGCCGCUCAAGCAGAGCUUCACCCAAAGCAGUAAAGUCCUCGCUGAGGGCCAACGCUUACGCCGCUCCAGUGGAUCCAUUACCCUGCUCACCCCAGGCAAGGCCAGAACACAAAUUGCCCUCGUGCUUUCCCCUCUGUUGGAUCCAGAAAGAGUUUCUCGGCUAAUAAAGUUCAAGCUGAGAGAGGUUAAACUUUGUGCCCGAGGCGUUUGAAUCGCCCACUCUCCUGGCCCAGCACCAAUGACUUUUCUGCCCUGCAGACAUCUUCCAACACAGACCCAGGAAAGGUUUCCGCUGGCUCCACCGCACGCCCACGGCAUGGAGCCGGCCGUCUCCGCUAUGGAUUUGUACCCGGGACUGUGAAGGGAGGGACAUUCCUGCUCCCGGCCACCCUGGCUGCUCCGUAGAAAUCCCCCUCCCGCGCAGUGUCAGCGGGAGCUGCGGAUGCCCAAAUCCUGCGGCGCGUGCUCUUACGCUGGGAUCGAGGGCGAGGGGUUUGCAGCACUGCCCUGCGUGGUGCGGGCUGUGUCAGGGACACAGGUGGGCAUGUGCUGUUUGUGUGCCCGCUUCCUUGGAGUGCUCGAUCCGAGCAUCCUUCUGGGGCACAAACAGAGCUGGGAGCAACCGGCUCUUUAUUUUCGCAGCCGCUCUCAUCUUUGGAUACAGAUGGUGGAAUCACAGAAUGCUCAGGGCUGGAAGGGACCCCAAAGCCCAUCCAGUCCCACCCCCUGCCAUGGGCAGAGACACCUCCCACUGGCUCAGGGGCUCCGAGUCCCAUCCAACCUGGCCUGGAACCCCUCCAGGGAUGGAACAUCCACGACUUCUCUGGGCACCCUGGGCCAGGGCCUCCCCACCCUCACAGCAAAACAUUUCUCCCUAAAAUCUCAUCUCAAUCCCUUCUCUUUCAGCUUAAAACUGCUGCCCCUCAUCCCGUCCCUGCACUCCCUGACCUUCCCCACGUUUCCUGGAGCCCCUUUCAGUACUGGAAACUGCUCUGAGGUCUCCCUGGAGCCUUCUCUUCUCCAGACUGAUGGAAAUACCUCUUUAAAAAGAAGGAACAAAACUCUCCCGCAGCUGAGGUUGAGAGAGGAGGGAGGUUUGGUUCUGAAGGUCUCUGUAGGGGUGAGCUUGGCUGACACAGACAUCAAAUGACCAGCCAGGCAACCCCACUGAUGGCUCUGCUGGUCCCUGGAUCUCGGGGGGAUGCUUGACACCCCUCAACCGCCGCCCACCCAUACCCUCAACCACUCCCCAUCCAGGCUUUGUGGCUUUGGGUCACCGUAACCAGGCAGAGAGGUGGAAAUCACCGAGACAGAUGCGGUGUGGAGGUUGAGCGGUACGUGGAGGUGAUUUGCCAGGGUGAGAAACAGCACAUUGGGGUUCCCUACUGGUGGUAGACCUGGAGUCUUCGUUCCUCUGUGCUCACAGUCCUUGCAUGGGUGUUGGCUCCCAAGGGAAGCGUUGCAGCAGUGGGGAGCUCACAGGAGCCCCGGCCAUGGUCACGGUCACGGUCACAGUGGAGGACGGGCUCCUGCUGCCGCCUGGUGCCCAUCGCACUGUGCACACAGCAGAGCUGUCCGGGAACGGUUCCAGAAAGGCUCUUGUCCAGCUUCCAGACUUUCUCCUUUUGAGCUGAAGCCCCUGCUGGGUUUGCAGCUCUGUGAGGGCUCAGAUUUGCCCUUCUGGAAACUCGAGCAUCCUGGACCUGCUGAGUGGAGGAGAAACCAGCUCACCUGGUCCCUUUGGGCUUCAAUUGAGGUCAGACAUUGACAGUAAAAUAGGAUUAUCCAGGGGAAGGUUAUUAGGCAAAAUCCGUGCAAUUUGUCUAAUCUGAGGUGCUUAUUUAACGCAGUAAGGAGAUUAUUUUGAAAUAUAAUUUUGACUUGACACUGACCCACUAAUAAA